UGGCCAGUCUAGAUUAGGGAUACUGGGUGGCUGAGUCCAAGGGAGCUGAGGCAGGAUAGAGGGAGAGAGGGAGAAAGAGAGAGACAGAGACAGAGAGAGAAACUGGGGCCUCAUCGUGGGCAGGACUCACGCGUGGACACACUGGACGCGGUACUGGGUCACGACAGCUGGGUUCGCACCCCUUUGGGGACUCCCAGGAUAUAGGGGUGGAGCCCUGGGCGUGGCCUAGCUGGGAGAGGACGGGUGAUGGGCGUGGCCACCUGGGGCUGGGCCCGGGGGUCCUGGGGACCUGGGCGGGGCCGGGCUGCCGCUGCGCAGCCGCGGGGCGGCAUCCGCGCAUGCGGGGCUCAGCCGACUACAGCCAGCGCCUGCUGCCACUCCCGGGAGCAUGAAGGACCGAACUCAGGAGCUUCGCACGGCCAAGGACAGCGAUGAUGAUGAUGAUGUCACUGUCAGCGUGGACCGAGACCGUUUCAUGGAUGAGUUCUUCGAGCAGGUGGAAGAAAUCCGGGGCUUCAUUGACAAGAUUGCUGAGAAUGUGGAGGAGGUGAAGCGAAAACACAGUGCCAUCCUGGCCUCCCCCAACCCUGAUGAGAAGACAAAGGAGGAGCUGGAAGAGCUCAUGUCAGACAUAAAGAAGACAGCAAACAAAGUUCGCUCCAAGUUAAAGAGCAUCGAGCAGAGCAUCGAGCAAGAGGAAGGCCUGAACCGCUCGUCCGCAGACCUGAGGAUCCGGAAGACGCAGCACUCAACGCUGUCCCGGAAGUUUGUGGAGGUCAUGUCUGAGUACAACGCCACACAGUCGGACUACCGCGAGCGCUGCAAGGGGCGCAUCCAGAGGCAGCUGGAGAUCACUGGCAGGACCACUACCAGUGAGGAGUUAGAAGACAUGCUGGAGAGUGGGAACCCCGCCAUCUUUGCCUCUGGGAUCAUCAUGGACUCCAGCAUCUCGAAGCAGGCUCUGAGUGAGAUUGAGACCCGGCACAGUGAGAUCAUCAAGCUGGAGAACAGCAUCCGGGAACUCCAUGACAUGUUCAUGGACAUGGCCAUGCUGGUUGAGAGCCAGGGAGAGAUGAUUGACAGGAUCGAGUACAACGUGGAGCAUGCCGUGGAUUACGUGGAGAGGGCUGUGUCUGACACCAAGAAGGCUGUCAAGUACCAGAGCAAGGCCCGCAGGAAGAAGAUCAUGAUCAUCAUCUGCUGUGUGAUCCUGGGCAUCGUCAUUGCCUCCACCAUUGGCGGCAUCUUUGGAUAGAAACCACCCCGCCCACCAUUCCACUCUGGAUGGGUCUCCCUGAGGAGGCCCCUGGCUGCUGCACCUGGCUGGGUUUCCCUCCCUACUCCUGCCUUCUGGCUGGGAGCCCUCUCCUCCCACACUGCUCCCCUCUCUGCCAUGGGGCUCCCAUUCCCACCCUGCCCUGAGCCGUGUCGUGUGCAUGACCUUGUGACAGUGUGUGUCUGUACAUGAGGCAGAGGGGAGCAGGGCCAGGAACAGCCAGAGGAGCUGAGGACAGAUCAGUGUGGGAAAGACUCAGGCCCUGGCCAGGACUGCCUUUCUUUAAGUCUACCCUUCCCUGGGACUUGGGCUCCUUUCUGGACCCAAACCUUGCCCUCAUCCACCCUGCCCUCUGGCCUCUCCAGCUCUCCCCACCAUGCCCAGCUGCCUGGAGGGUGGGGACCAGCUGACCACAUGGUGCUGCUUUUCGGGUUAGGGGAGUGGUGUCCCAAAGACAGCCCAGCACUGAGUCUCUGUUAGCUGACCACUGCCAGGGGGCUCAGGGUGCCUUGGCUGCUAUGUCAGGAGCACCUUGUCUCCUACUCUGGGCAAAACCUGACAUUGUCUCUGGCCCAAGGGCCAAGUCCCUGGGCUGGGCCUGAGCAUGGUGACCUUCUGGAAAGUUUGGUGGUGCCAUCUCCAGCCUUGCUCAGCGCUGGGGAGGUGAACAGGCUGCAGGCCUCUGCCCACAGUCUCUAACAGGCAUGUUGAGUCUGUGGCUAAAGUUGCAUGUUGGGGACACUGGUCCCUGGUCUCGUGAUCUGGUAAGCCAGGCAUCCCUGCAGUCUCACCCUACCCUCACUGUCUCCCACUGAUGUGCCACAUGGUGUCAGGUAUCCAGGAUGCAGUAUUCAGCAGCCAGGAGGGGAGGGCCUCCUUACUUCCCUCCCCUGCCAUCUUGGGGUUUCUCAGUCAGAAAUGUGCCCCCCACCCCACCCCAGAACCCCUUUCUCAUCCACAGGCAAGGAGUGUGCAUGUGAGCGCAUGCCAUGGGGGUCGGGGCCGUGUCUGUAUGCCCCACCUUCCUUCAGCUUGGCUCCUGCCCAAUGACUGUCUGUGCUGCCUUCUCUCACGGCCACUUCCCUCCAUCCCUUCACCAAAGGUCUUGGUACAACCAGCUGCCCAUUUUGUGAGAUUUUUAUGUAGAAUAAAUAUUUGUAUCUGUAGUGAGCCUA